AUGCAUAAUCUUUCAACUUCACCGAGAUGCCCAAUAAAAUUUCCCACUGAGCAUAUGAAAUAAGAUAGUAAAAGCAUGGCUUUUAGAGACUUCAUUCAAAUGUAGCAAACCAAGGAUGAUAUGAGAUUCUAAAAUACAAGACGACUGUCACCAUUAUAAGGCUCUCCUAUUAACUCUAAAAAGGAAAGGUGGGAAAAAUAGUUAAAUACACUUUUACGAUCUGACUAAUAAAAUGAGUUAGUCAUUAAGCAUUCAUCUUAAUGUCAAAUAGCACUGAAGGACUUUGUAAAUAAGGCCAAGAAUUUUCGAAGCCAAUAACAAUCUCCUGCAAAGACUGCCUAUCAACUACCGUUGAUAGGGGAUUCACAAGACAUCAUACUCCCUAAUUCUCCUGUUCAUUUUAAAUUCACUCCCAUCUCAACAAAAACUAAGGUAUCAAGUUUUGCUGGAUUAAGAAAUGUACAAGAUCAACUUGAACAACUAAGAAAGCCUAAAAUACAUUCCCAUCAUAGAGAGUUAAAGUAAUAACCAAUGACCUAGACUGAAAUUAUAAGCAAAUUCUUUGAGACUAAAUUUUAGAGAAUCAUAAAAACUUAGAUAAAACAAUAUGGUUGUAAUGAACUACUUGAUUAACAUUCAGAGACUCUUUAUUCACGUAUUAUUCAAGAUCGAUAGUUAAAGGUCAAAUUCUAGGGAAAAUCAUUAAAGUACUUGAAGGAUAUUUAUAAGAGCAUCUUAGGAAUUGGGUACACAUAGGAAAUCUUGCUUGAUCCAUUUCGGAUGAGAAGUAUACAUGCACCUUUGUUUAUAAAGAAGGAGUAAUUUAUUAGAUUUAAGUAUUUCUUUAUAAACCAAUUUAUGGAUAUGGAGACUCCAGUUGAGUUGUUGUUUAAAGGAUGCUAUAAAUUAGAAAAUUUUAAACCAUUAAUAUUAAAUGAGAAGAGUGAUUUUGAGAUAUUCGGGGGAGAAUUCGGAAUUAAUGAAAUUGCUAAAAAUACUUAUGAAAAGAUCUUUAAAGAUUACACAUUAAGUCCAUACUUUAAGGCAAUAGAAUUAGAGGAACAAGCAGUUAAGUUUGCGAAAUUAUUUGCCCAAUUGAUUGAUCAUACUGAAUCACCAAAUUAUACCCUAGAAGUCUUGAGAGAAAGACAUGUAAAAUACAAGCUUACACAUGUUUAAUUGGCCAAUUUUAAGUUUUAUUUAUCCACCACGCUGUAAAAAUUAGGAAUCAGAUUUAAGCAUAUUAGAAUGUUGUUAAGGAAAAUGGAUACUUACAAAUUUGCCAUAUUAAACAAAUAAUCAUUGUAGGAAAGCAUAUUCAGUUCUCCUGGAGGUUAUCGGGAGUUCAUUGAUAGUUUUGUUCGUUUAUGUACAAGCGAACCAAUCCUCUUUGAUUUAGUUUAAAAAAGGGGGAAGUAGAGAUUUACUGCUCAUUGUGAAAAUGUUUUCCAUUAUUUUUUUAGAGAUAAUGUCAAGUCAAUUACAGAUAGUGAUAUUGAAUCGAUUCAUAAGAAUAAAACUAUAAUUUCAGAAAAGGUCUUUAAGAAAUUCAAAGAGAAAGCCAUGCAAGCAGUAAGCAAAGUAACUAAUGAUCCCAUUUUAUUAAGCGAUUUUGAAGAGGAUUGGGAAGAAAUAACUCCUAUUCUUUUGAAUAGACCAAGGAAGACUAUAAUAAAAUAGCUUGGAGGAUAACAUGUGAUCAAUAGAAUAGCAUCUAAACUUGAAAAUGAGAUCAUGCAGCGACCUUUAUUAUACAAAGUAUUUGAAGAUAAUGAAUCAUCUGUGGGUUAAAACUUAAGAUGCAAACUCAAUUUAAUUCUAUAUGGACUCCAUUUUUACAAAAGAACAGAUAUUGAGGUUCUUCAUAAACGAUUAAGAAUAAGAGAGUAACCAUAUUUCGAAUUUUAAUAAGCUAUGAAAAUAGUUAUGCAAGAUGAACCACAAAAAUUAUACUUUAUUCUUGAUGUAAUAGAUGACUACAAAAAACAUAUAGUUUUCGAUUGA